UUUGACAUAAUUAAUUAGCCCGGAGGUAAAGCUCCCAUCACAUGGGCGCAAAGCUGCUGCCAUAAAGGGCCGUUAAUCCCCCUACCUACUGCAGUCUCCAUGAGUUAAUACACACUGAACCUCAACCUGCAGCUCUGUUACAACUCGUUGUACGGCGGCCUCAGGGCGCUUGGUGGCUGCUUUUUUUGCCGGUUGUUGCACAGAAAGGCGUGUCCCAGAGUCAUGCAUAUAAUAGCCAGACGAGCUGCGAAAGGCUUUGGCUCCCCAGUCUUCUCUCUGUGCACCAGCAGACUCACCGGCAGCCGCAGGCUCUGUACGAUGGCCGAGCUCUCCUCUGAACAAGUGGUAUUCAACAAGCCAAAGGUUGAGCUGCAUGUGCACCUCGAUGGAGCCAUCAGGGUGCAGACUAUUCUCGAUGUUGCGAGGAGACGCGGCAUCACUCUGCCAGGGAAUACCGUGGAGGAGAUGACGCAGAUUAUUGUCCUCCAAGAGCCAGCCACCCUCACCAAGUUCCUGGGCAAGUUCGCAGAGUACAUGCACGUGGUUGCUGGGGACAGAGAAGCCAUAAAGAGGAUCGCCUAUGAGUUCGUAGAGGACAAAGCCAAGGAGGGAGUGAUUUAUGUCGAGGUCAGGUACAGCCCGCAUUUCCUGGCGAACACUAAAGUGGACCCCAUACCAUGGGACCAGAAAGAGGGCGACCUGAGCCCAGACGAGGUGGUGCACCUGGUUAACGAGGGCCUCAGCGAGGGGGAGAGGGCCUUCAAAAUCAAAGCCAGGUCCAUUCUAUGCUGCAUGCGCCACAUGCCAAGCUGGUCCAUGGAUGUGGUGGAGCUGUGUAAGAAAUAUCAGCACGAAGGUGUGGUCGCCAUAGAUCUAGCAGGGGAUGAGUCACUCAACUGUGAAGCCAAUCCACAACACAGGAGCGCCUAUGAGGAAGCAGUACGCUGUGGGAUCCACAGGACAGUUCACGCAGGAGAGGUGGGGCCGCCGUCUGUGGUGCAAGAGGCAGUAGAAGUGCUGCAAGCUGAACGGGUCGGACACGGUUACAGAACACUCGAAGACCAAGUUCUGUACAAAAGACUGCUGGCUCAGAACAUGCACUUUGAGGUGUGUCCAGUUUCCAGUAAGUUCACAGGUGCCUGCGACCCCGACUUCACCAGGCAUCCUGUCAUCACGUUCAGGAAGGACAAGGCAAACUACUCCCUGAAUACAGAUGACCCUCUGAUUUUCAACUCCACCCUGCACCUUGACUACAGCACCGCACACAAAUACAUGGGAUUCACCGAGGAGGAAUUCAAACGACUGAACAUCAGUUCUGCAGAGUCGUGCUUCCUGCCUGAGAAGGAGAAGAGAGAGCUCGUCCUCAGACUGUACGAGGCGUACGGGAUGAUCCAGUCGACCGCCUUUUAAACCUAAUGAGGAAGUCUAACCCAGGGACAAACCGCUCUGAACCCUUAAUCUCCCCACCGGACACAAUGCAAUGUCUUUUUCAUCAUUUAUAACCAUAAAACCUACAUAAUAAUACAUUAAAUAUGUCUAUUAUAUGGCUGCUGCCUUCACAUUACAUACCUGUCAUCAGGUUGUCAGUGGUCCAUCUAAUAGAUAGUUUUGCUACUUUAGUUUACAGUGCAAUUUCCAGAGGAUGUCAUGGUGCUCUGCAAAGUGCAAAACAUAAGGGCAUGCAGGUGUUUUUAAAGUAUAUUCUGUUUGUAUUAUAAAACCUAUGGAUACCUUCAUCCAAUGUUUACAUCCUGUUGUCAUAAAGAGAAUCAGGGUAGCUGUUGAUGCACAAUUAUUCAACACUGUGAAGAGUUUGUCGACAUGCAAGGGAAGGAUAAGGAGGGUUAUUUGUCGUUUAUCUUUAGGUGAAAACGUGUGGGGAAGGAAAAUGAAGAAUUUACUACUCAUGGGGAUAAUGUGGUUUACUUGGUUUAAGAAAAAGAAAGGGAAUGUAGUGUCAGAAAUGUGCUUUUUGCCCUCCACACAAUGAAACAGCUCUAUACCAAAAGUGUAGUCUUACAUCUGAACACUAGGGGAUGCACUACGGUCACCUAGCUGGACAAAACCACUUUAAUGUGGGUUUCAUAAUUACUCAAUUCUUUUGAUGUAUAUAUUUAUUUGAAAACAUUUUUCUCAUUUAACUUGAUAAAAGAAUACUUCCAUUCAAAACAAACACAUUUAUGACACUUAUAAAAAGCAUCUUUGACCAUAAUAAAAGCCGUUAUGAAAUAUUUCUGCACGUCUGACUGUUUCUUUACUUUCUAACACUCAUAAUGUAGAGUUUGACAUUUUGACCGGCAGAUAUUUAGAAAAAUGAGCAAGAAGAAGAAGCAGCAAUUUUAUUUUAAUUAUUUUAUUUUAGCAUUUUCCUUAUCUUCCUUCCAAUUUGCUAAGGCCUCCGUCCCCUCAAACCGCACUUAUAAAAUUAUGUAGUUGACGCUGCCCUCUUGGCAGAUCAAAGAGACUUUUACCUGAUUAAAUCAGGGAUAUACAGCGAGAGUUUGUUAUGAAAAAUCACAACUUUACAGAUAAACUGCUCUGUCAUCUUGUCUCUUUAUAUAUAAGCAAAUAAAUGGGAACACUGGGACCAUGCUAGGUGGAAAUGUAAACACUUGCUUCCUGCAGCCGAACUAAUGUACACAAAAGCUGCAUUCAAUAAUAUUUAUGGCUC